GAGGUUAUUGUUAUUGAUGAUUUGGCUUUCUGUCAUCUAAAUAGACAUGGUUAUCCAGAAAUAUUCAAAAAUCUAAAAAAAAUAAUUAUUCAGUAUUUUGUCACAUAUUAUCUUGAAAUAAUAUAAAAUGUACUUAUUCGAACCAUUCUGUCCAGUUCUUUGUGGUAGUCAUUAAUCCCAUCAUAGCAUCAAAAUGGACAUAACAACAUUGUUCAAAGCCUGUGUGAAGACAGUUCGAACCAGAAACAAAUCUGUGGGUUUGAAAGACCAGAAAACCAACAUUCUCAAAACUCAUAAAGAUGUAAACUUAACCAAAGCGAGAGAAAUCAUCAAACAAAUCACAAACCUUCAACACUUCUUUCUAGAAAAUAAGGCAGCCUACCUCAAUGUCAUCAACUACUUGUCAACCAACAAAACCAUGACAGAAAUUGAUCGUCAACAGAUCGACACCAUGGCUGAAGAGAUUAUCAGUAAGUGCACUAAGCUGAUAAGUGAGUACAGAAAGGAAAUCGCUUCCAUUCCAAAAACGAAGCAAGCAGAAGAGCACUACCAGAAUGUGAUUGAAACGUUGGAUAAGUAUUUGAAAAAUGUUUCUAAAAUCUACACUGAAACCAAGGCUGUGAGAGUAAAGAGGGUCAUUGAAACGCACAAGCUAUCUAAACUAGAAACAAAACCUUCAGUUUCGAGAGUCGAGACGGACGGCAGGCAAGUCAAAGCGAACUAA